CGUAAAUAUCCAUUGAAAAUUCUGUGAAGUCUAAAACCAUGCUUAAUCUCUGUCUGGGGAACUGCCCUACAGUGUCCUAGAUUAAUCUAAUUAUUUAACGUUAAUUGAUUAAAUACUAUAUUAAACAGCCUAUAUAAACGGAAACGUUGUGAAUUAUUUAAAUAUCUAUUUGAACGAACGAUUUUAACGUUAACUGGCUUCUUUGUUAACCAAGCUAGUUAAUAACUAACCUAGCUAGUUAGACAGGUUAAUUUGCUAACGCUAACAUUAAUUAUCCAAUUGCUGUUCAUAUAAAUACAGUUUACUAGGAAAAAACUAGAAAAAUGCCAACCCAGCUAAGACAGUAUAUACAAGGCCUUUCAGCAGCCCGGGAUCAUGAGUACUGCUCACCUGCUUCACACAACACCUCAGAACCUGUUAUUUAUGUCUCGCCUCAAUACAUUAUUGGCCACACUGAGAUCCUUCAUGACUGCGGCCUCUGCCCAGUGUACCAUAAUGUGAUGUUUAGACACUCAGAGAGGCCUGAUUGCAGGCCUGCAUGCCUGGGAUCCAAAAAGAAGUCUGAAGGUGCCGUGCCACAGAACUGCGAUGGAUUGCUUGAGGCCUCCAGCCUGCAGACUCUGGAGGAGCUACUAGCAAAGCUGGAGUUUGAGAAUGAGCUCAACCGGGUGUGUGGUAACCUCAGGGUGAGCACGAACACACAGUCAUCACCACUACCAUCAGACAGAGGGAGUUACAGUACUGAAAGUGCAGACAGUGGCGUGGAGGAAGGUGAAGACAGUGAAGAGGACACUGAUGGUGAGGAAGAUGUGCUCACAGGCCUGCUGGACAUGGUCCUGGAGAUGGAGCAGGACUAUGACCUCUACUUCUAGUUGUGGGUGGAUCAGAGUUAUUUUCCUUGCAUGGGCAGAGCACUGGAGCACAGGACUCUGGAGAAAUGGAUUUUAGGCUCUAGUUUAGUGAUAAAACAAUAAAGAACUGUGGCCUUAAAAGUUACCAGUUAACAAUAAAUAAUAAAAAUAGCCUAAAUAGCCUAAUAUCUAAUAUCUAAAUGUUUAAUCAUUUUCUUAUUGUUUGUGAUUUUUUUAAAUAACAUUGCAAUCCAACACUUCAUUCUAAAUAGCAUUGCAAUCUAUGUAUUAUUAUUAUAAUAUGAACACUGCCAAAAUCUCAUCUGUCUAACUGAAAGUUAUUUUUAUUUGUUUUUUAAAACGAACUUAUUGAGAAAUAGAUAUUUUUAAUAUAUUUUUUUAUACAUUUUUUGAAACAUAUUAUUUAUAUUUAGCUUUAACGUAAACUGUUUAUAAAUAUGGAAUGUAUAAAACUUGUGUGCCACAUUACAAAUAAACAAGAUAAAAAAUUCCGGAUCUGUGGUCUGUACAUAUAACCUUAUUAAACUUGGAACUGAGACAUUAUAAAUAAACAUGUUCAAAGAGCCAGGGUCUGUCUGCAGUGUUGGA